AUGAGCAGUAUCCGAGUCGCAAUUGUUGGAGGCGGUCCCUCUGGCCUCACGCUCGCACGCCUCCUCCAACUCAACAACCUCCAAUGCACUGUAUUCGAGCUCGACACUGACUCCUUCGGACGAGAUCAAGGUGGAACAGUCGACUUGCACCCACGGGGAGGACAACUCGCCCUUCAUCAUGCGGGUCUGACAGAGGAAUUCAAGAAGCUCUCUCGCCCGGAAGGUGAGGCAAUGAAGUUGCUCAAGUAUGACGGCACCAUUGUGUAUGACGAAAAUACGACAGGCAACGCUCGACCUGAAGAGUACGCCGACCGCCCAGAGAUUGAUCGAACGAAGUUGCGGCAAUUGCUUCUCAACUCACUGGAGCCUGGAACCGUGGUUUGGAACAAAAAGCUGCAGUCUGUACAAAGGUCGUCCUCGCAGGCUGGGAAAUAUGACCUCCAAUUCCAGGAUAGCAGGGAGGAAGGAUUUGACCUCGUUGCUGGCGCUGACGGGGCCUGGUCCAAAGUCCGCUCAUUCCUCACAGACCAGCAACCUUAUUACUCGGGCGUUACCGCCAUUGAGCUGUGGGCCUUGGAUAUCGACAAAAAGCACCAGUGGCUGAGCGAAUUCGUAGGUGCCGGCAAUUGCUUCAUGUUCGAUGAAGGACGCGCAAUCCAAUGUCAGAAAUUGGGAAACAACAGCAUCCGAGUUUACGCCGGAGUGCGACAACCCGAAGAUUGGCUUGAGAAAUGUGGGAUCGACUGGUCCUCACCCGAAAUGGCAAGGAAACAGCUCGUCGAGCAGUAUUAUAGCAAUUGCAGCGACGAUCUGAAGCGAGCCAUCUUCGACGCCCAAGACAAACUCGUUCCACGCCGGAUGUGGAUGUUGCCCGUUGGUUUCCAAUGGAAGUCCGACGUAGGAGUGACCUUGCUGGGAGACGCAGCUCACCUGAUGACCCCCUUUGCUGGCGUCGGGGUCAAUCUUGCCAUGGUCGAUUCAUUGGACCUUGCGAAGGCUAUCAUCGGCUGCGUCGGGGACCGAGAAAAGUUGGCAGAUGCGAUCAAAGCAUACGAGGGUGAAAUGUUGAGCCGGGCAGAGCAAUUCGCAAAGAGGACUUACAGGGGUCUGAUAAAUCAUUUCAGCGCUGAUGGGUGCGAGGAAAUGGCCGGACGUUUGAGAGGAAAAUAG